AUGGCACGAACCAAGCAGACUGCCCGUAAGUCCACCGGAGGCAAAGCCCCCAGGAAGCAGCUCGCCACCAAGGCCGCCCGUAAGAGCGCCCCGGCCACCGGCGGAGUGAAGAAGCCUCACCGUUACAGGCCCGGUACCGUGGCCCUGAGGGAGAUCCGUCGCUACCAGAAGUCCACCGAGCUGCUGAUCCGCAAGCUGCCCUUCCAGCGUCUGGUGAGAGAGAUCGCUCAGGACUUCAAGACCGACCUGCGCUUCCAGAGCUCCGCUGUUAUGGCUCUGCAGGAGUCCAGCGAGGCUUACCUGGUGGGCCUGUUCGAGGACACCAACCUGUGCGCCAUCCACGCCAAGAGGGUCACCAUCAUGCCCAAAGACAUCCAGCUGGCCCGUCGCAUCCGCGGAGAACGAGCUUAAACCCCCUGAUUCUACUCGCAACAACGGCUCUUUUAAGAGCCACCUCACUCUCUGUAAAGAACUCAUUCCUUAACGUGACCAUUAUCAAUUUAGUGGAAAACACUGAGGGUGAAGAGUGUCAGACAUUCCCUGGAUCUCAUGAAAGACACCUACUGUCACCAAACGUUACCUCUGAACAUCUCAGUGAAAUAAUCCACAACAUACCUGCACAUAGGGCAUUUGGUGUCUGACCCUGUCCAGAACAACAUCUUAUUCCUGCUGACAACACAGAUGUGUCCGCGCUAACAGAAGAGAUUCUGGGAAAUAUUUUAAUGUGCAUGUUAGUUUCUUCCAGCUGUCAUGAAUAACACAUCAUAUGCAGUGCUUGUCAUCGGAGGUGCGUUCUGCUGAUACUUGAUGACAUCUUCCAUUGCUACCACAAGGUGGUACCAUAAUACAGAUUCUUAAACUGAACAUGUUUGUAAGUCAUUUGUUAGUAGUUAUUUCUCUGUGCCGUUCAACCCCUCUGAGAUUGGUGCACCCACUUUUUGAUCAAACAAUAACAUAUUUUCUAUUGCUAAUAUAAACCAUUCGACCAUGUACAUUAUUGGUGAAUUGACUAAAGUCAUGAGCAAUUUAAACUCAAAAUA